AUGGAGAAGUACUCCUGGGGGCAGAGCCUCCAGGAAGUAACCAUCACCGCUCCGGUCCCUGCCGGAACCAAAUCGAGGCAGAUCACGUGCGAGAUCAAGAAGAAGUCUCUGAAGCUCGGGCUCAAGGGCGAGCAGCCAGCUAUGAUCAUCAUCGAAGGCGAGCUGUUCGGUCAGGUGAAAGUUGGCGAAUCAUUCUGGCAUCUGGAGGAUCAGAAGACGGUGUCUGUUCUGCUGACGAAAUCCGACGAGAGGAGGAACUGGUGGAAGUCGCUGGUGAAGGGAAGGGCCGGAGAUUGA